CAUUACUUCAUCAUGAACGUACAAACACACGCACGUGGCUGGCGAUAAAACCACGCAAGAGCCGAGAAAAGUUAAUCACAUUUGAUCGUACUGACGAGGAGAGAGGUCUUGAGUCCACCGCCGGAAAAAUGGCAGCCACGGUACAAGAGGAAAAAUUGCGGCAGAAGAUGAAGAGCUACUGGCAGGUGUACAGCCCUUCCCUUGAGUCCAUGAUGCUCUCCAACGACGCCAAGUACUUGGCUGAGAAUGAACAGAACGAAGUCAUGUCUUACCUGCCUCCUUAUCAGGGGAAAAGAGUCCUUGAACUUGGAGCGGGCAUUGGGCGAUUCACAGCGCGGCUGGCAACAGUGGCGGGUCACGUAACAGCUGUGGACUUCAUGCAAGAAUACAUCGACAAGAAUGAGCAUGAAAACAAGCACAUGGGGAACAUCAGCUUCAUGUGUGCCGAUGUCACAAAGUUGGAUUUUCCCGCUGGCAGCUUUGAUCUGGUGUUCAGCAACUGGCUCUUCAUGUACCUCGGCGACAAGGAGACGCAAGACGUGUUCGAGCGCUGCAUGAAGUGGCUUGUUCCCGGGGGACACUUUUUCGUGAGAGAAUCAUGCUACCAUCAGUCAGGAAAUGUGAAGAGGAACGAGAAUCCGACCUUGUACCGCACGCCCCUUGAAUACUGCCAUAUGCUACACUCUGCCACGGCCGGAGGCCAGGCUCUGUUCAAGAUCCUGCGCGGCAAAAGCAUCCUCACCUAUAUCCAUUAUCACGGCAACCCAAACCAGCUGUGCUUCUUGGCGCGGCGCGUGGACGGCGAGGAGUCAGACCAGCUGGCUCAGUUCCUGCAGAGGGAGUACUCUGUGGUGAACAUCCUGGGCAGAGAGAGGGCACAUGGGUACAUGUGGUGGUCUACAGGUGGAGAGACGACGAACAGGGACUUCUGCGCCCGCCUGAGCCUGCGUCCCGGCAUGCGGGUGCUGGACGUGGGCUGCGGCACCGGAGGGUCGGCCAUCUACAUGGCGCGGCACUACGGGGUCCACGUGCACGGGGUCGACCUCUCUACUAACAUGAUCCACAUCGCCAUCGAGCGCCAGGGGAAGUUGGAGGAACCUCUAAAGAAAAAGCUUCAGUUCGAAAUCAGCGACAUCCUCACCGUAGACUAUGAGCGGGAAUCUUACGACGUCAUCUACAGCCGCGACAGCAUCUUCCACAUCCCGGAGAAGCAAAAACUCUUUAGACACAUUUAUCGCUGGCUACGUCCCGGCGGCAUUUUCUUCUUCACCGACUUCUGCAGCGGUCCCGCCAUUCCCUCCAGGGAAUUCCUUGCGUACAUCGAUGGAGCCAAACGGUACUCCCUCGCCGGGAAGGACGUCUACGUGAAGGAGCUGGAAUCGGCAGGAUUCACUGACGUGACCUCCGAGGACCUCAAUGAGGACUUCAUGAAGAUAAGCAAAGCGGAGCUGAAGGCCUUCACAAGCGCACGCGAAGCUUUCAUUAGUGACUUCUCGGAGGAGGACUUCGCCGAGAUCUCGUCCACCCUCGCUAAUAAGAUUCAGUGGACCCAAGAGGGACAGCUCUCAUGGAGAGCAUUCAUGGCGAUAAAGAACUGAGAGGGAGGGCGAGGAACUCGUACAAAAGGAGAAAAGAAACAGUCAAGGAUGAGGAGAUAGCGGCAGUGUCUUUAAACUGCAGAAUGUCAUUCAACGGUGUUAUUUGACAUAGAAUUUGUGUUAUAUUUCAGUAUCUGUAAGAACUAGGUAUAGAUUAUUUAUUGUAACCUGUUUACUUUACAAUCGUUAACAGCUAUAUGGAUACAAAGAUAUUAUAAGAACCUUUCAACAAUAUCGGAAGAAAAAUAUCUAUGAGUGACCAACAUGUCAAGGCUGACAUAUUAUCAGUACUCGAUAACAGAGUUACUUCAUUGCUACAAAAGUUGAGGAAGGUAUGACCGACGGUGAAAGACGGAUGGUAACAAAGCCGGAAUUAGUUGUAAAGGUUCGCUUGGCUUCGCCGGAAGACCCUCAUUCCCGUGAGAGCUGAGAGCGUUUCAAUCAACGCAACUGAGUUAAGCCGAGGAUGCUGACGAGUGUGUAAAAAAGCAGUCCACAAUUCAUUUUCUAAAGGUCAUACGGUUUUUGUUAUUGUUAAUUAAGUAGGGAUUAAAAACUGAUUGUAUUGUGAAGAAUUACAGUCAUUUAUAAAUUAUGGAAAAAGCGAAACACUAGAAGAAUAUAAUUGUAGGGUUACUAUUCUUGUAGAAGAAUAAAAGCAAUGCUAGUGUCAGACCGUACAA